GCCAUCUCUAAAUUACUGUGCUUAUUACUUGUUGAGAAAUUUCAAUGAUUUAAGAUUUUACUUACCUAUGCUAAUUUAUAUUAAAAAGUGGUAAUGAUGGAAUUACUUAUUUGUGACUGAGUGCAAGUGUUUUUAAUAAGUGUUUACCAACUUAAAUGAGAGAACGCUGAAGGCGGGUAUCGGUGUUGCGGAAGUUCUUAGAUAUAGGAACGCAUAUUUUUUACGACUAUUUCCAUUACGAUCGUUACACAUCGUUUUCGGACGUCUUUUAACAUUUUAUUUUUGAGUGACGACUUGUCAUAGAUAUUGCUCCGCCUAAAAACAGUUUUUAGGACUAGUGAUAGAAAAAGCGGGCAGUUACUUUGGCGUUCUUGCGCGCGUACCGCCUAUACAUAGACAACUUGUGUUAUGUAUGAAAUAUGAAUUAUUGUUUUGGGUCAAAGACAUCUCAGUGUGUUAACCUGUGUCAACAACAGUGAAACCGCGGUCUUUAAUGUUUUAACUUAGUAACGUGAGGAGCUUUUGAUCUUUUACUGAAAUGAACUCGGCGUUAAAGCCAGUCCUACCACAGCCGGGGGUACCGCAGCCGGGGGGUCAGGCUAGUCCCGCCAAAGCUAAUGUGGCUAACGCUAACCACGCGGUUGGCUUACCUCAAGGCGCACAAAAUUCCCUCCAUCAUGGUACUAAUAAUCUUGUAGGUCAAAAUUUGACCCAUCACAUACCUAACACACCACCGUUGCCCGCCCACGCAGUACCGUCAAUGGCGCCAGUUACAGCAAAUAUGGCUCAAAUGGCUCAAAACAUGAGCCACCAUGGCAAUUUAUCUCAUGUAACACAAAACUCUGUAACACCAACAAAUGUGGCGGCAAGCCCUAGUAAAAGUGCAAGUACAAGUGCUCCAACUCCAUUAAGCUUAGUACAAGAUAAAGCAAAUGCAUCACAACCACUAGCAUUAACCAGGACACCAGAAAAGAAAGAACCAGACUCUACAGCACAGGCAAAUGGUACAAUUGAUUCUCCUAAAUCAGGGACAAGCGCACCAGCUAAUUUAAAGCCUCAGAAUCCUGAGGUAAACAAAGAUAAACAGGAUAUAGCUAAGACUUCACCUAGUACACCAAAACCACCUGAAAAACCUGCAAGUGCUCCGAGCACGCCACAAAAAGCAGACACUUCAACUCCUGUAUCUCAAGGAGAUGGUCCUGCACAACCAAAAGUAGCCACAGCAAAUGAACCACCAGAAAAAUCACCAUCUAAACCUAUAGAACUCAAACCAGCUCAAACAGCAGAUGUUGCACCCACACAAAGUGACAGUAAACCUGUACCAGAGUCAGCUAAUGAAAAUCCAAGUCCUGUUAUACCACCACAACCACAGAAAGAAGUAGUACCAACUGAGAAUCCAAAGCCUGAACCAAUAAAGACGGAAGAAAACGGAGACAGUAGAGAUGUCGCACAAAGUUCUGAAGAUAAACCUGUAGAACAAAAAGAUAAAGCAGAAACACCAAAACCUGAAGAAGUUAAAGUGCAAAAAGAAGAAAAACCUGAAGAGAAAUCAGAAGUAAAAACUCCAGCUAAGGCUGAAUCUAAAGUAUCAACAAAAUCAACAUUAAAAUUAGCUACAGUCACUCCUCCCAUGAGAAAAAGAAGGCAAAUUUCAGAAAAAACUGAGUCUACACCAGCAAAGAAGUCAAAUGAGGAGUCAACACCUGAUACAAAAUCAAAAAGAAAUCGAACCAAGGUGCAACUAUACCAAUCACCAACUCCUGAAAUAGCGAUGGCUACAAAGUUAUCUGCUUCUGCUGGUAGAUCUACACCAACAAAACAAAAUGACGAUAAAUUGAUUGUCUUUUAUAAGAAUGAAUACUUGGCUGUCCGAAAUGCAGAGGGUGGUUUCUAUGUAUGCCAAGCUUUACAAAAUGUGUACCGCACCACUCGCAAGAUCAAAAUUCGUUGGCUUUCGCAAGAUAAAGCAGACCCCACUGGAGAGACAUACAAACCUGAUUUCUAUGAUGUCACAGACAUGGAGUGCGUGCUAACGACGCUGUCGCUGACGCGGUCCGCGAGCGGCGGCGGCGCGUGGCUGCUGCGGCCGGCCGAGCAGGCGCGCGCCACGUCCAUCCUGCAGCGGGCCCUGCGCGCCGAGCAGAGCGGCGCCAACUGCCUGCAGCUCACUGAGGAGCAUCCCGAUGGACUGGAUCUCUCGCUGUACACAGACGAGUCGCAACUGGACAAAAAGUCAAGGAAACGGACCAGCUCCAAGUCUUCGCCGCGGGGAAAAGACGACGACAAUGAUACUUCAAAGGAAGAAUCGACGCCAAGCAAAAAGGCGCGAACGACGCCAAAGCGCAGUCCGCGCUCCGCGAAAAAGUCGAAAUCGCCGAAAACAGGCAAAGUGGCCGCAAACAAAGCGAAAUCAUCAGGUAGUUCGCCCAUAGCGGCGGUCACAAGCAAGGUAGGCAUAGUACGGCGGAUUUAUAGAAAUACGGCAACGGCGGUGACGGAGAAAGCAACGGACAAAAAGAAAAACACACCGGCCAAGAAGACGCCGACCAAACCGGCCAAGGUUGAAACGCCGACGUCUACGCGCAAGGGACGGAGAGCGGUUAAAGAAACAAAAAGCUCUCCCAUAGUCCCGACCCCGUCCACAUCGACGGGCAAGACGACUCGCACGCCGCGAAAGCCGCCCUCGAAGAAAUAAUACACACAGACAUACCGACACACGUUAUAUGUAAGCUAACGGUUUUGUCAAAUUGAGGGACUAUGGAAUGUAAAGAUAUUGCAACGUGCCUAUUGCAUUGAGAUAUACAUAUGGAGACGACACCGCCUACAUCACUUAUGUUCCGCUCAACAUACGCCAUAUGGCGUAACUGCACCCUCAUUUUUUAUUUGUUUUAAAGUGAAAUGCAUCAAAUAUGC